AUGAGCUUCACAAAUCCCAUCAUACCGGGGUUUAACCCCGACCCUUCAAUUGUCCGAGUAGGACAGGACUUUUUUCUGGCUACCUCCACUUUUGAAUAUUUCCCAGGCAUCCCAAUAUACCACAGCCGCGAUUUGAUUCAAUGGAAAUUAAUCGGUCAUGCACUGACAAAGCCCAGUCAGCUCCAGAUCAAUACCCCGGAGCCGGGAGGCGGCGUCUGGGCUGCCACUUUGCGUUACCACAACGGGGUGUUUUAUGUGACCACCGCGAGUUUUUCUCGUUAUCGGCCACAGGAAGAUGAUAGAGUCUGGCCACAAGGCUUCUAUGUUCGAACAUCGAACAUUUGGGAUGAAAGCACUUGGUCAGACCCUGUUUACUUUGACCAACUUUUCUGGGACCAUGAUGGAACGGUUUAUCUGUCGUCUACUUAUCGGAAAAUUGAACGAACCCCGAAUGCUAACAUCAAGGAUUUUGCUGUACACAUUUGCACAGUUGAUUUGGACACUGGUCAUUCUACAUCUGAGCCCAAAUUGAUUCGCGAGUCAGCUUCAGGAGUGGCAGAGGGCUCCCACAUUUACAAACGCGGUCGAUACUACUAUCUUUUCACGGCAGAAGGGGGCACCGAGAGCGGGCAUUGCGAAUGGGUCAGCCGAAGUUCCCAUGGGCCAUCUGGACCUUGGGAGCUCGGGCCCAACAACCCGCUAUGGCGAAAUGGAGUGGAAGAUGAGGUGCAGAACACCGGUCAUGCUGAUCUGGUUGAAGAUGCCCAGGGUCAGUGGUGGGCUGUACUUCUCGGUGUUCGACCUGUGAAGCGCGGGGAGAAGUGGGAAGAGUCUGUUUUAGGUAAUUUCAAAUAUGAUCUUCUCUAG